GAAGAUACGUCUACGCUAUCUCGGUGACCCUGAAUAUCAACAAGGUAUUGGACAGGACCUUGGUGUUAGUCAAGCAACGGUAUCUCGGACUGUGGAUAGAGUUGUGAACAGCAUAGUUGCACAGUCGAAUGAAUGGAUCAAGUUUCCAGCUACCAACCAUGAACUGAUGUAGGUCAAGCAGAUAUGGCAAAGCUUUUUGAAAUUUCCGACAGCAAUUGGUGUAAUUGAUUGAACACAUAUAGGAAUCCUGAAACCAAAUCGCCAUGGAGAUGAGUAUAUCAACCGAAAAGGGAAACCUACUUUAAAUGUGCAAGCCACUUGUGAUGCCAGAGAGAUAUUGACAAGUGUUGAUGUCAGUUGGCCUGGAUCAGUUAAAAUGCUUUAGUAGUCAGAUAAGCGUUAAUUUUAUUUUUAAAAACUUUCGCAUCCAGUUUCUUUAUACGGUCUGGCAACAGGUUAUAAAAAAGUAUCCCAUAAUAGUUUAUUUUAUCCAUAUUUCUGGUUCUAUAACUGUGGACAUCACUGUGGGUAGUAUAUUGGCUCAGGUUAGUAUUGGUCAGGAACUUGGUGUUAGUCAAGCAACGGUAUCUCGGACUGUGGAUAGAGCUGUGAACAGCAUAGUUGCACAGUCGAACAAAUGGAUACGAGCAUUUCCGACAGCGAUUGGUGUAAUUGAUUUGCAUGAUUCCAGAAUAUGAAGAAAUUCACAGACUAGAUCACAACUAAUAAAUAAACCAAAUGUUGUAUUACUUGGCGAUGACGGUUAUGGUAUUGAGCCAUGCCUUAUGACUCCCUUCAGAAAUCCUACUCCAGGUGCAGAAAUAAAUUACAAUAAGCUUUUAAAACAAGAAAGAGUUAUAAUUGAAUGCUGUUUCGGCCAACUGAAAUGCCGGUUUUCUAUCCUACAGUAUGUUUGCCGCGUAAAGUUGGAAAAUAUGCCGAAAAUAAUUAUUGCUUGUAUUGUACUCCAUGAUGUUGCGCAGAGCUUGGACGAUCCUGACUUUGAGUUAGUUGAACAAGACCUAGAUGAAAAUGAAGGAAAUCAUGAGAAUGACGAACUUCCUCUCCGCCAACUAGGUCAACAAAUAAGAAGAAACUUGAGUAUUAUAAUAAAUAGUUUUACUGAUUAAAGUGUAUUUAUAACUUAUAAUAAGUUUUAUUUUCGUGAACAUCAUAAGUUACAGGUGGC